GUUUUAGAUCAAAUCUAUAUUUAGGUUGUCAACAAUUUCUUUUAAUAAAAAGAAGCUCUAACAAUAGACUUCUGUUACACUAUAAUGAAUCAGUCAAAUACUUUCGAUGGUUAUCAUAACAAAAAAGUAGGAUAAAAGGUCAUUAUUGACUGCCAAAAAAGUGAGUAUAAGUAGCAUACACAACUCUUCAUUACCAACACACAGUGAGUUCUCUCAUAAAAGACUAAGGAUAUAGGAAAGUGAAAUUGCAAAAGGAAAGAAUUAGAGAAAGCAUUUGAUUGUCAAUUAUUUGUCAUGGCUUUCAAUCUUCAAAUAUUCGCUAUUUGGGUUUUGAUUGCUACUGUCAUCGUGGCGACUGAUCGUUGUAAUGCUAUUAGAGAAGUUCCAAUUGAAAAUUCAGCUGGUGUCGAAGUUCAAUCCCUGAAGCAGUACGAGUUAUGUUGUGAGAAUGAUCUGCCAUGCUGCAAGUCGUCUUCGUUUUCGUAUGAGAAGGUUCAAAAUCCAAAAUGGAAGUAUGUGUUGUCAGCCUAUAUCGUACGAAAGCAACAUGAUGUUGCGGCUGCUACUGCACAACAAAAUCCAACUGACGGGCCAGAAUUGAUUGAUUAAAUCAAGACCUUUUAUGUAAGGGAAAAAAAUAAUCAGUGUCCAUUAUGGUAAUAAUAAUAUUUGAUGCUUCUAGUCUAGUAGAAUGCCAAGAAUAGUUAGUACUAUUUCAAUGGGAUGGAUUUGAAUCUUUUGUAAUUUUCUACUUCUCUUUCUACAUCGUCUACGUCUCUUAAUUGGAGUCAUACUUGUAGUACAUGUUCUAUUUAUGUGUAAGCGGCAAAAUUCAUUUUCAUUCUAUUGAUAGAAAUAAGAAGAAAAAAACAUAUUUAGUUCUUUACACAUACGAUUUCUCUAUUUAUAGUUUGCUACGAAUAAAGAAAGGGCAAGAAA